UGUUUGGCCCCGGCCGCGCGCCGUUGAGGGCUGGGUGUGUUGCCAUAGAAACCCGUGAGCGCUGAGGGCGAGCGACCCAGACUCCAGGCUGCUGGGGAUCAGAGCGCCAUGUCUUUCCGCGACCUCCGCAAUUUCACAGAGAUGAUGAGAGCCUUGGGAUACCCUCGACAUAUCUCUAUGGAAAAUUUCCGCACGCCAAAUUUUGGACUUGUGUCUGAAGUGCUUCUUUGGCUGGUGAAACGGUAUGAACCUCACACUGACAUCCCUUCAGAUGUGGAGACUGAACAAGACCGAGUUUUCUUCAUUAAGGCAAUUGCCCAGUUCAUGGCCACCAAGGCACAUAUAAAACUCAAUACCAAGAAGCUUUAUCAGGCAGAUGGGUAUGCAGUGAAAGAACUUCUCAAGAUCACCUCUGUCCUUUAUAACGCCAUGAAGACCAAAGGGCUGGAGGGCUCGAAGAUAGGAGAAGAGGACGUCAGCAAAUUCAAGUUUGAUCUCGGCUCAAAGAUUGCAGACUUGAAAGCAGCCAGGCAGCUUGCUUCUGAGAUCACAUCCAGAGGGGCCUCUCUGUAUGACCUGCUGGGCAAGGAGGUGGAGCUGAGGGAACUGAGAACAGAAGCAAUUGCCAGACCUCUAGAAAUAAAUGAGACUGAAAAAGUGAUGAGAAUUGCAAUAAAAGACAUUCUGGCACAGGUUCAGAAGACUAAAGACCUGCUCAAUAACGUGGCCUCUGACGAAGCUAAUUUAGAAGCCAAAAUUGAGAAGAGGAAAUUAGAACUGGAAAGAAAUCGGAAGCGACUCCAGACUCUGCAGAGUGUCAGGCCGGCCUUUAUGGAUGAAUAUGAGAAGAUCGAGGAGGAGUUGCAGAAGCAGUAUGACAUUUAUCUGGAGAAAUUUCGAAAUCUGGCUUAUCUGGAACAGCAGCUUGAAGACCAUCAUAGGAUGGAGCAAGAGAGGUUUGAGGUGAGCGCUUACUUUCGGCGUUUUCCUAAUUUCUUCAUGCUUUGGUUCUCCUUAGGAAGACCUAGCAAACUCAUCGUGGGCACAAUGCAGGGUGGAGACUCCGAUGACGACACGGAAGCAGCACCAGCUCUCUUAGGUCAGUGCAGGACUUCCAGCUCCAAGAAGCAGGAGGACUCGGAGGACAGUGAGAUUGACAUGGAGGGCGAUGAAGACGACGACGAUUUGGAAGACGAGAGCGUUGCUGUCUCGCCAGCGAAGCCCAGUCGAAGGGUCCGGAAACCUGAGCCCCUGGAUGAGAGCGACAAUGACUUCUGACCUUUGUGCCAAGAGACCGGACAGAUUAAAUCCCUCAGAUCUGUAGGUAAACGGGAAGUUAGAAGGUUAGGAGGGAAACCGAUUUCACGCACUAAACCAGCUGGACUUGUUAAUGAAGCAACACCUCGGUCUUUAGCCUCCUCCGGGUUACUCCACAGAGCUUCAGCGAACUUGGGAAACGCCUGUGUUCUAAGAGAUGCACCUCCACAGGACGAAAACCCGAGGAGAAAUAAGGGCCCACGCUGUUCAUCUUGGCAGUUGUUGUCAAGCGUUUCUGCCAAGAGUCGGGGGUGGGGGGGAUAGACCCGGGCUGGGCACAGGACUCAGUUCAGGAAUUGGCCGGAGGGGGGUGGGGAGGCACUUGACUCCUCUUGACCUGUACAAUUUAGAACAUUUACUGUACUUCGGCUUUUAAUUCUAGCUUUUAUUUCGUUGUAUGGUCCUGUUUUCUUCUGCAUGUUUGCAAUACCAAGCUUUAAAUGUAUUUUACUAAAAUUUCCUGAAUGAAAGUUAGGUAAGUUAGAUGAAAACCCACUUUCCUUCAAAUCCAGGCAACAGAGAGACGCUCCAGAAUAGAAGCACUUCAUUUUCUCUCAGAAGGUUGACAUCCCUUCCUAGGAAAGCUAGUUAAAGGAAAGGUGUUUCUGACUAAAAAACUUAACCAGGAUUGCAUUAGGUUGAGUAGCACUAGGAUAAUGUUGCUGAUGUGAAGUGAGAAGUGACAGGUGGAGUUGUGUCGUAUUUCUGAUACGGAAACGCAGAGCAGCUCUCACAGAUUUUUUAGUUAUGAACGCAGAAGACUUCUGAAGUUACUUAACUCUUAACAAAUGUAUUUAAUACCGUAUUUUUAUAUUAUUAAAUAAGUUUUACUUGAAACUAUAA